CAAAAAAGUGACUGGAGAUUUUAGAGAAGUGAUCGGGAAAGGAGCCUUUGGGACAGUGUAUAGAGGAACCAUGUCAACUGGACAAGCUAUUGCCGUUGAGAGACUUGAACGAGUGUCCACUGAUGGGGAAAGAGAGUUCCGCACAGAGAUGCUAAUCAUCGGAAGGACCCAUCAUCGGAACCUCGUUAGCCUUCUCAGUUAUAGCCUCGACACAUCCAACAGGCUUCUGGUGUACGAGUACAUGAGCAACAGGUCGCUCGCGGAUCUUCUCUUUGCACCUGAGAAGCUUCUCUGUUGGGAAGAGAAGAUGGGAAUAGUGCGAAACAUAGCCCGGGGUCUGCUCUACCUCCAUGAGGAGUGUGAAACGCAGAUUAUCCACUGCGACAUAAAGCCUGGAAACAUACUCAUUGAUGAAAACCGACGAGCGAAGAUAUCCGACUUCGGGCUGUCAAAGCUGCUGAAGCCAGAUCAGACCAACACCUUCACAGGGAUCUGAGGGACCAGGGGCUACGUCGCGCCAUAAUGGCACAAGAACCUGCCUAUCACAACAAAGGCUGAUGUCUACAGCUUCGGAAUUGUACUGCUGGAGAUCAUAUGCAGCCGGAGGAACAUGGAGCAGAGCCUUCCUGAAGAAGAGAUGAUCCUUGAGAAUUGGGUCUACGACUGCUUCCAGGCGGGCGAGCUGCAUAGGUUAGUCGAUGAAGAAGAGGGUGUAGACAAGAGACAGCUCGAUAGGAUGGUUAAGGUUGCUAUUUGGUGCACCCUCAAAGAGCCUUCGCUUCGCCCUUCGAUGAGGAAGGUUCUGCUGAUGCUCGAAGGCACCGUAGACAUACCCUCUCCUCCUUGUCCCACUUCGUUCAUCAGUUGCAUAUGAAGCUGAGAUGAUCUUGAGGUAGUGAGCAGCUCAUCCCCACAUAAGAUAUUUUCCAGAAUUUUUCUACUCUUUUGAUUUAGAUCAGCAUCAGCUCUACUUUGAUUUUAUAAUUUAUUUUUGGUGUUGCCGCUAUUUGAGGCCUCCUAAUAACAAGUUGAUUCACUAUAUAUCCGCUACAUGAUAAACUAUGCUAUUACAGUGCCCUAUACUGGGCAACC